UUAAUGAGCAAGUUUUCGUUGCGUUGCUCGUUGUAUGUCUGGGAAAUAGUCAUCGUCCAUACUGGACCCUUGUGAGGACUGAUAUUAUAGUCAAUAUGACUUAAUUACCGAUGAAACUCUCGACUUCAAACUAAAACUUAAUUAUCUAUUAUUACUAACAACCAUUGACCACGAAAAAAAAUCUACGGCAACUGCUAUUACGGUGAUAAAUUCAAAACUAUUUUUGAUAUAUUUUACAUUCUACAUCUAAAUUCUCGUAAUUUACUUUCCAUUGUCUCAACUUCAUCUCAAAUAUUUGGAUGAUUUCAGUUCUAGAUUUUUUUUCAGGUUUAAAAAAAUUAUUACGAAUCUACGUCUUUAAUACGGGCAUUCAUGCUCAUACAUUAUCUUUGAAAUGGCCGAGUAGUAUAAUGGCGAAUUGUGCUUGUUUAUGAAUGUUAUUUAAUGUUUGUUAAAGGUGAAAAAGUGCAUUAGUGUUUUUAUUUGGCUACGGAAACUGAAGCUGAAUAACAAUAUACAGAACUUAUUUCACGUACGUGUAGUUGGCUACCGUUUAUAGAAAUGGUAGCGUCUUCUAAACGUAUUUCCAAACGCGCCGAUGUUGGGGGAGAGGAUAAAGCAAGUGUAAACUGUGCAAUCGGUUUUGUAUAAUAUUGAUCUUUUGCAGUCUGAAAGGUAUAAAUUUCAUGACUCCCUCAUGGAAACAGGAAAAGAAGUAUUUCGCAGAAUGUGCUUUGGGGAUUAAAUUCGACCUGUUUCAGAUAACCUUUCGGCGUCGAAAUGGAUAUACCAUUGCCAGGAGAAUCGGACCCAGCUCCGAUAUUACCAUCGAGUCCACCCCCAGUUGUUUCAACGCCAGCAUUCAACAUUCCGUUGCCUACCUGUGGUAUGCAGUUCAACGCGUCAAUUCCUCCACCAUUACCAUUGCCUCCAAUGAACAAGCCACCCCCCUCUUUGCUUGGUGUUCCUUUGCCACCGCCGCCGUUGCCGUCCGGUCCACCACCGUCUCUGCCUCCCCCUGAUCAAGAUGAUCCCAACAAGUAUUCUCCAAGUCGUGCCACGACAGAUGACGACUUUCCAAUCCUUCCGCCACUGCCAAAGGAUCCGCCCCCUCCAUUGCUGGCACCGGGAGGUGGGAAGACCACAUCGCGUGCCACCGUACUCGGCAAAGCUCAGGCGAAGAAGCGCCUUCUGGCCUUCUCAAUGACAAAGCAGGGCGGCGGAGCGGGCCUGUCAUUUGGGUUCGCGCGCAAAGCUGCAACGCGGGUCUCCUCCUCGGCACCUGCGAAGGCAUUCGGUCCUGGCGGCGAGGAGGGAGUAGAUGCUGGUGGAGCAUCUACUGGUGGCAGCAGGAGCGGACACAUGUCUGCUGCAGAUGGGCCGUCUGUGGAGCGCAGAGAGAAGAGAGGGAAAAAGAAGGUGUCGACAAGGGAGGACAGGGCUAAAGCGGUGGUGUCCGCUAUUGAAGAGAUCAAGCGAGAGGAGCUGAUGAUGCGCGGGCUGGCAUUCGGGGGACUGGGUGUACAGCCUCUCCUGAGUUCCCAGAUGGCCAACACUGGUCCACUGCCCCUGCUGGAGAAGCCAAUACUUCCGCCGAUAGCUGAACCAAGGAAAGAGCCAGAGUUGAACAGACAGAUACCUCUUUCGAGGGAGCAGAAGGGUGCCAUUAAUUCGAUGGUGGACAGCCUUCUGAUAGCACAGGACUCCCUGAAGACUCCUGCAGAGGGUGGGUCAGGCAGCCACGAGAAGCGACCUUCGGAGAAAAGUCAGCGUCAGCACAGUCGAUCGAGUCGCCAUGCUGAACGGGAAGAGAGACGGAGCUCAAAGGAACGUGAACGCGAGAGAGAGCGGAAACGUGAGAGUCGACGGUCGAGUCGCCGUCGGUCUUCACGACAUGGUGAUGAGCUGCCGUCCGACUGGAAAGAAUUUCAUGCUGGCGGAUACCGGAUUGACGAGAUGCGGAGACUAAAGCUGAAGUUGGAGCGCACCAAAGUGACAGGAGCCCCGGCAGGUUCUCGUGACCAUCACAGCCGGCGCCGCCGAUCGAGGUCUCACGACCGCAAACACAGACACAAGUCUGCAACACAGGAAAGGGAGAAGGAGCGGCUGGGAAUACCGGAUCCUACGGACUACCUUUACCGUCCAUUUGAGGGAACUCCGCAGCUGAGGCUGCCUUACAUAGCGACGGGUGUUCUGCAACCACACACAGAGUACCCCUGUGGUCUGAUGCGCUGCACGAGGACAAAGCCACCCAUCACAUUCUGUGAGAAUCCCACUGCCUCGACAGCUAUGUUUCGCACCAGGUCUGAGGUGUUAAAUGAUGCACAUCCGCGUGUUGCUGAACUGAUGAGAGUCGUAAUGGAGGGGUCAUGGGCCAGUGCAGACACGCGGGCUCUUACUAGUACCAAGCAGCGGUCAGUAGCAGCCGCAGCAGACGUGGCGGGCUCUUCCACCGAUGCCAAUCUGUCCAGCAGCCUAGCUGCAUUGCAGGUGUCGUAUGAUGAGAAUGAAGUGGAUGAUGCCGCCUCUGAUGACCUCAUCAAACCAAAGGAGAGAUCUUGGUAUCUUACUUUCAGUGUGGUUAGGGAGCUCUGGUCAGGAGACUCUGCAUCUGCCGUGGCUACCACAUCCAGCAGCCAGAGGGAGCCCCCUACAAUGAGGGGCAGUGCAUCAGAUCGAGACCGCGACCAUGACCGUGACAAGGAGCGUGACUUGAGCACUUCGCCGGAGGUCUCGCACAGGAGAUUCAGGGUGCGGUCUGAGUCUCGCCGUGAAGAGAGCUCUUCUCGUGUGGGGAGCGUGCCGAUGGUGUCACCGAGGGCUGAACGCAUCACCGUCCGCUCCCGUUGGGACAGUGACUAUGAAGAAGAGGAAGAGGAAGCAAAUGGAGAGUAUGGAGAAGAGCGUGAACAGAGAAAUAGAUUUGACAGGGCAGAGACGGCACUGUCGGUGUCGCCACGGAGGACGCGGGGCAGCUGGAGUGAUGACUUCGAUUAUUCGACUACUGCAGCAGAUAAAAGUGAGCCUGAUGAUGAUAGAGGUGCCGCACAACACGAUUCUUCCAGCAGCCGUGGACUGGAUGGGAGCAGCUUCGAGUAUCACAAUGGCAAAGGCUCGGACAGACGCUCGCACAAAGAUGCUUCAGAAGAGGAAGAUGAAAAAAAGGAGAGGGCAAAGCAUGAAGAAGGCUACAGUGGUGACAACGAACGUGAAGACGAACGCCGACCCUUUGAACGUGUUGAGACUGAAGAGGACGAUGAGGAUGAGGAUGAUGAUGAGGAUGAAGAGGGGGAUGAAGAGGAAGAGGACGAGGAGGAGGCGGGGGCCAAGGAGAAGGAGCAGCAGUAUGAGAAUGAGGAGAAGGAGAAGAAGAAGAAGAUAAAAAUGAAUGUGAAAAUGAAGGAGCAGGAGGGAGAGGGAGACAAGAUAGAAGAAGUUGAGAUGGAAGUUGAAGAGGAUUCCCAGCCUGGAAUUAUUGAACCGCAUGAACCAAGUGACAGCACAUCUGCCGAAGAUGCCGACGUGGAAGACAGGUCGCUGACAUCUGGCAGCCACUCCCACAAGACUGACAGCAUACUACACACUCCACUUAAUGGGUCCCACACUCAGGAUGAUGAAGAAUCCCUGCCUUCCCACUAUAUACAGAAUGUAAACGUAAAUGAUUCAAUUUCUGGAGCUUUGAAUAAAGUGAUGCAAAAUGAGGCAUUGACUGAGAAAUCAAGUAGUGCGAAUGUAGCCUUAAUUGGUCCGGAGUCACUAUCUCAGUUCAUGCAGGAGGAAAACAGUCAAGGGGAACCUUCAGAUAGUACAAAACUCGCGUCAGAGUAUGAAGAAUUCAUGAAGGCUGUCAGUUUUGAAGCCACUGGGGAUGACACCACGCAAGGCGAUGAGCAGAUGGAAAUUGAUGGUGGUACCCCGGUGCAGGACAGUCCCAAAAAAAAGGAGUCUGAUAGCCCCAAAAAAUUUCAGCCAGAGUCUGACAGUCCCAUAAAAAUUCGGCUGGAGCCUGGGAGUACCAAAAAAAUACAGCCGGGUCCUGACAGUCCUGAAAAAAUUCAGCCAGAUGCUGCCAGUCCAGAAAAAAUUCGCCCUUAUCCUGACAGUCCUGAUAAAAUUCGGCCAAUUAAUGACAGUCCCAAAAAAAUUCGACCAGAGCCUGACAGUCCUAAAACAGUUCGUCUGCUUCCUGGCAGCUCUGAAAAAAUUCGCCCAGAUCCUGGCAGUCCCAAAAAAAUUUGCCCUGAUCCAGACAACCCUGAAAAAAUUUGCCCAGAUCCUGAAAGUUUUGGAAAAAUUCAGAUGGAUCCUGAUAGCCCCAAAAAAAUUCAUCCAGAUCCUGGUACUACAAACAAAAUUAGCAAUAGAUCUGACACUCGCAAUGAAGCUCCUCGUGUUGAAAUGGAAGACACAACUUGGUCUCAUAGUUCUUCAGGGAAGGAGAAACAGCAAAACAGCAGAAAUAAUGAUUCAGAAUGUAACAGAAAUGACAAAGUCACAGAAGGAAAUGAGCUGUUGAAAGAAAAUGGUGAGUCGAGUGUGAAACAGCCUGUAACGGUGAAUCUUGGUCCUAAAUUGAGUGUACCAGAGUCAGUCAGUGCUUUCUUAGCUGUUGCUGAAAGUGCAUGCAGUGAUCUGUCAGUAAAGCAGAAUAAUUCUCACAGCAGUAGUUCUUCCAGUAGUUCGGAAAGCUCUUCAUCUUCAGAUUCAGACGAAAAGCACCAUCGCAAGAGCAGGCACUCUAAGAAGGCUUCCAAGAAGAAGAAAAAGAAGAAGAAACACAAGAAGAAGAAACGACACCACUCACAUAAAAAGUCAAAAAGCAAGCAGAAGAAACGGUCGACUACAAGUUCGUCCUCUUCUUCGGAUAGCAGCAGUUCGUCAGAUGAUGAAAGCUCUUCGGAAUCCAGUGAGGCCAAGGAAAAGGUGUCUGCACGCAGCAGAAAGAAACGGAAGGGACACACACAGCAAGUCGAGGCCGGCAGCGAAGGCGAGGACACAGGUGAUGAAAGAUCUCCAUCCCGCACGCGGAAGGAUAAGGGGCAGAAGUCGACACGCUCCCGGUCUAAGGCAAAAAAAGCAAAGGACAAGUCACAUGGGAAGCGCCAUAAAGAAAAGAAGAAGAAAUUGAAAAAGAGGAAGAAAAAGAAGAAGAAGAAGCAGCAACGGAGUCAUAGUAAAAAGCACAGUUCGAGUGAUUCGGAUGAUGGUGUUGCUGCAAUGUUGCCCUCGGAGCUUCCUGUCACUGCUGGAGGUGUGACUGAGCCCACUGGUGGAAAGACUAAUGAAGUGCUGGGAUUUGUUCCAGAGUUGGCUGUUAACUCCCACCUUCCUUCGAAAGCAGCUGAAACAGGUAAGAAAAACAAGAGUGCUGCAAAAGCAAAACACAAAAGUCGAUCUCGGGGUAAAAAGAAGAAAAAGGAAAAGAAACAGAGUCGACGACACACUCGCCAUACUGACAGUGACUCCGAAAGUGAUGAGAGUGUCGACAGAGAUUCGGACACACGAGAGGACGGAGAUGAACGGAAGGGGCGGCGUCGAUCUUCGUCGAUGCCUGAACCACCGCAUAAGAAGCGACGGCGCUCGCCUUCCAGUUCGCCUGAACGGUCGCCAGCUCCAUCCAAGCGUCGACAGAAUCAGCACCCGUCAACUUCAGCCUCAUCCGAUCGACAGGCUCCGUCUGAAGGUGGUGGCAGAUCAGGUUCUGAAGGAGGCAGGGGGACCAACAGAGAGCGACAGAAGAAUGGCAGUGAUGAGGGGAGUGGUCGUAAGAGGGUCAGAGGCGGUGGCUCUCCCAAAGCAGUGGCAGCAGCAGUAGUGGCUGCUGCUGGGGAUGGGGCAGCAUCUGCAAAGCCCAGAGGUGCCACUAGGUGUUCAGAAAAGACGAAGUCUGCCCAUUUUGAAGGUGAGGAAGAUGAAGAAGAGGCCGACGGAGAGGGGGAAGAAGAGGAAGAUGAGCACCACAGACAUUCGAGGAGUCGCAUUGUGGCCGUGCGUAGGAAGAGGAGUGUCAGCAACUCGAGUUCGGGCAGCAGCUCAACAUCUGUCACUUCAAGCAGCAGCCGGAGUAGCAGCAGCAGCAGCAGCAGCAGUAGGAGCAGUAGGAGCAGUUCGAGCAGUAGUGACAGUUCCAGCAGCAAUGGCAGCAGCAGCUCUUCUUCAGAAGCUUCGGACAGCAGCAGUUCCAGCAGUAGCAGCACGAGUAGCAGCAGUUCGAGCUCCAGUAGCAGCUCCACCCCCAGCACGAGCAGCUCGAGCAGUUCAGAAGCACGUGCUGGCAGCAGUAGCAGCAGCAGCUGCGACCUGCCUGUGCCACAUGUCAGCGACAGCGACGAUGGUGACGAGCUGGCGGCCCUCACAGGUGACACCCGCCCUGCCCUCUUCCCAUCCGGUUUGGGAGCUGAGGGCGAAGCUGAUGAGGACGAUACAGAAGAUUCUGAAUCUUCAGACGAUGACUAUGAUGAUGAAGAUGAUGAAAACGAUGACGACAGUGAAAAUGAUGUAGACAAUGAGAACGGCAAUGAAAAUCAAAAUGGUGAAGCCAAUCAGAAUGGUGAUGAUGAGGACAGAGAUGGAGAGGAGGACAGUGAUGAGAGUGAAGUGUCGUCAAUUAUGUCACCUAGUCGCAUCAAGAAGGAGGCAGUCUCUGACGAAGAUGAGUCAGAGGUGUGGGACCCGGAAUCCCUGCGCGCGCUGAACGAGGCAUUUGACAGCAAGGAAGGUGUGAAAUUGGUCAUCCUGCAAGAGCUGCCAGAACAUAUCAGAACCAGGAACAGUAAUUUCAAUAAGUCUGCAGAAAGACAGACAUCGAAAGAUGAGGCUCCAGUUGAGCUGAAACUUGAGCCCAUUCUUUGUGCCCCAUCAACUUCAAAAUCGUCUGUGUAUGAGGGUGCUGGACCUUCCAGUAAGCAGACUCCGGGAACGUCAAAGAUAAGUGAGUCCAUUAAUAGUGCACGCACCAGCGCAGAAACAGAGAACUUGCCGGGUUCGUCGAAACCUUCUUUAGCAGCUGCUUCUGUAGCUGCCUCUCCCAGCACAGUGUGGCAACAGGCAGGCUCUUCGAAAGUGUGUAAUAAAUCUGAGCUGGUGGCUUCUGACAGUGGUUUGGGACAUGGUAACAGUUCUGUAGCUAACAAAGCAUCAACCAGUGCUAGCCCUCCGAGCUAUAAUGCCCCAGUCAAAGCAUCAACCAGUGCUAUCCCUCCGAGCCAUAAUGCCACAGCUGUGGCUGUCAAUCAGGAGAGAGCCUCUCUGUCAGAGAGGAAUGAGUCGGUUCUCUUGCAGACCCAGAAUGGAACAGUAGACGAUGCAGAAAUUGGAGGCCAGUUGAGGGACACAGUGGUAGGAAUGGAAAAUGAGUGUCCCAUAUCGCAAAGAAAAGGUCCUGAAGACACUUCGGAAGACUGCACACCUGUAAAAAGUCAUGUGAGAGAAGAAAUUGGUAAUAAUGCUGAACUCGAAAAUUCAAUUGUUCAGAACAAGCAACUGGAGGCACAACUUGCAGAAGUGCCUCUUCUGGAUAAACAUCCACCACAGACACUAUCCUCCCAGCAAAAGCCUUCUGCUCUUACUCAAAAAGGAAAUGCUUAUCCUGAAGUGUAUGAUAUGUUUGCUGAUGAAACACCAAGUGCAUCAGUGGUUCAGAGUGCAUGUAACAAAGAGAGUAACAAUUUGGAGCAACCAGGUGGAAGUGAGAAACAGGUCCGUAGGUACCAACUGAAUGCACAAACAUCCACUAGUAGUGAGAGCAAACUUUGUGCCAAGUCGGGGAACACUAGUUCUGCCCAUGAAAAUAGGAAAAACACCAACGAGAGUCUCGCUGAAGGCCUACCCCUCGGAAGCAGUGCAGCUCCAAUUAAUUUGGGGCUCUUUCAACGUGAAAUGCCUGUACAUUUUACAUCUGACAUUUCUGCAGUGAGCAGCUGGGAGGAGAAAUUUCGUAUUGCAGUGAGAAAUGUGCAGGAGCUGAAAGCAAGAACCGAAGAGCGUCAGAAAAAAUUGGCAGACGGAAACAUUGAUAAAGUGCUCGAAGCAGAAGGAGAAAAGAAAGAAGAAACAGUUACAAAAACUGCAGAGGAAUCAAAUUUGAAUGCUGACUUUGUGAAAAAGUCACAUAGUUUGUACUGGGAUGAGAAGGAUGACGAGAGUAUACAUUUCAGUUGGGGCCAUGAACGUGAACAUUCGAAUACUGGAGCCCAGGUAUCAGAUUUUGACCAGACCACUCGAGAAGAGGGAGAUAACUCGGCCUCCGGUCAGAAGGAUGAGAACAGUUGGAUUUCUUCUGAGUAUGGGAAUGGAAAGGCUGAGGGUAGUCAUGCAGAUGGUGACAGUCACUUUGGUAAAGUUUUUUGUAAUACUGAAGUCAGUAGCACUCCUUCCGAAGUGAUCAAUUCCCUGGAGGAGAGAGACUUUGAGGUAGAUCGGAGCUCUUGCCACGAAAAUAGGGAGGCAUUGAUCAGUCAUGAGAGAUCGCAUGGUUCAACAGUACGAGAAUACAUUCCUCUUGAAAGGUGGAAAGAAAGUGAGAAUGACCAAAUAAAAUUUGAUGAACAAAAUGAGAAUGAUGUCAUCAGUAACUGUAGAAAAGAAUACAUCAUUCAUACAAAAGACACACAAAAUACGACUAAUAAUCCUCCAGAUUUGUCUGCAGCUGACAGUGGGUUACUGGAAGAUGAAGUAAAACCUAGUUUGAGUGGUGGUGGUGGUGGUGGUGGUGGUGGUAGUAGUGAUUGUGAUGAAGAGGAAGAAAAAACUCUUCAAGAAGUUGCGAAUGUCACUGAUGUAUUUCGUAAAUUAAUAGAAUGUAAAGACAGGGGAGAAAUUACACUAGGUACGGAGUUAGAACUGUUGGCUGCUGGAAGCCCACAUUCGUCUGAUGAUGAGGAGAUUUUACCUGCUUGUUUUUCUGACAAUCUCUUUAGCCUGCAACACAUUCUCGAGAGAGAGGACACAGACGAGAAGUUGUCUAAUGAUGCCCUCUCUUCACCUGCACAAAAGAGGGCAAGAGAUUCUCAAGAAGCCACAGGUGCCCACACUGAGGAUACUGCCAUCGACUUAGAAGAGCAGGACAGUAUCUCCUCUCCCAGGAAAAAGGCCCGCACGACUGAAUCGAGGGCCGAAAUGACUUUUAGUGGUAGUGGGGUUGGGGAGCCUAGUAGUGUCGAUGGGGAGGAGCACAAUAAGCCACAGUCUGCCACUCCGAGCAGUAGCCACGGGCUCUCGACAGACAGUAAGACUGACGGUUCAGGUGAAAAGAGUGGAGAGGCAGCUACCGCCACUCGGCACGAUGAACGCAGGAGAGAGAGGAGUCCAGACUCCUACAGGACCCAGGAGGAGAAACACAGGAAGAGCUCCCGCCACCACGAUGACUCUGACAGGCAGAAUCGGAGUGAUGACAAGAGGAGGGAAAACAGAGAUCGGAGGCGGGGAGAGGAACACAGACGAGACAGGAGGGAGAGAGAGCGAAGGAGCUGGCGGCGUGACAGCCGCAGCCGGAGUGCCAGUCCUGCGGACUACCUAUCGUCCAGGAAGCGCCGGGGUUCUGGGUCACCCGACCGCCGGCACAGAGGUGUGGAGGACAUCCCGCUGCCUGCAGCCCUGCGGCAGCAGCGAAGGUCCCAAUACAGGGCAGACGAUGAGCUGCCGCCAGCCGCAGAGGCACGGGAGGGAAGGCAGAAGCGUUCCUCCACACUCUCCACUGGUGUUGACCCGAAGCUGUCAUCUGCUAAUAUUACACAGUUGGAACACUUAGCCGGCUACAGCUUCAGUUCAAGAUCAGAAACUAGGACCACACACGGAAAAAGGCCUCCGUCUCCACCGCCGGCGAGCAAGUCACUGAAAUUUUCACCCAAGCGCCCAUCCCUGGAUGACCGCAUUGAGAUGGAACUGGGUGUUCGCAAGGCAGCACCAGCACCACCACAGCAGCAGCAGCAGCAGCAGCAGCCGCAGCCGCAGCAGCCGCCGCCACCUCCACCACCGCAGUCACCGGCCCCUGUCCCACAGUUUCAUCAGCAACAGGGACCAUACAAUUUCCCAUUCCCGCCCAACUACUAUGGCCCCCAAACUCCUCAAAUUACCAGUCCGGCUCCUCUGUUCCAGCAAGGCUUCAACCCUCUGCACUGCCAGGGGCGUCCUCAGUUCACCUGUCCCCCGCCACCCAUCGUGCGCUACACUACACCGCCACCGCCUAUCCAGAAUAAGAGGCCGCCAUUGCUGCCUACUCCUACGCACUUCCGGCCACGAAUGGAGAUGUGGGACACGAGCCCAGAGGCCAUGGCGGCCAUUAUGAGGGGCACGCCUCCUCCACCUCCACCGCCUGCACAACCCCCACCUCCCAUACAACCCCCACCUCCUGUACAACCUCCACCUCCAGUACAACCCCCUCCUAUGCAACCCCCACCUCCGGCACAACCUCCUCCUCCUGUACAACCCCCGCAGACACCUCCACAGCAGCACUUUCACAAUUCGCGAGUUGUUCAGGUUGGCAAUGUGUUACAAGUAGUGCCAGCAGAACUGCCUCCCCCUCCACCCCCACCACCACCUCAGGAGCCACCACCAUCCACGAUGACGGGAGAUGGAGCGCAACGGGUCGGCGCCACACCGGGCACGUCUGUGGUUACGAUCACAGACGUGCCUCCAGCUUCUCCCGCUGAUCGUGGAUCGGUAUCGACAGCAGCCCUGUCUGAUGUGGCGGCUGCCCUGGCGGCACGCGUCACCGCUGCCGCAUCACACUGUACUGGUCCUGCAAUGCUACUGCCUUCCGUGGCCGCCGUGCUGCAGCUGCCCAUGAUGUCGACAUCAUUGCCAGCUCCACCUGCAGGAGCGGUAGAUGGCACCACAGGAUUUGUGGCUCCCACCCCUCCAGUCGAACAGCUGUCAGCAGCGCAGCAGCAGCAGGCUGCCGCCGUUGCAGCUGAGCUGGAGCGCCGGCGCAUCGAGCGUGAGAGGCGCCGCCAGGAGAAGGAGCGGCGUCGACAGGAGAAGGAGAAGCGCAGACAGCGCAAGCUGAUGGCGCGCGCCUCGGCCGCUGCUGACACCAACAUAAAGAAAGCACUGUUGGAACGACAACGUAUUAGUGAAGGUCUGGUGGGCACUAUUGUCGGAGAAGGAGAAGUCGACAUUGAGGAGAUGAAGCUACUAGAGGAAGCUAUGCAGGAAGUGCCAGAAAUGGAUGACGAAGCUGGUGGAGGUGAAGAUGCAUCAGCUACGCCCUCACCAGGAUCACGAAAGCGCCGCAAAACUUCCUCGAUUCUUCUCGAAGUGAAGCCCCUUCCUCCUGCAGGCCGGGGAAUACUUGUAUCUCCCGGUUUCAGGGACAAGCCACUGAAGACCGCUAUGGCAGACCGCAAGUCUGUCAAGUUUGCAGACGGCGUCCAGCCGGGUGAAGGCACGUCACCCUCUGGAGGAGAAGACUUGCCAUCACCUCCUCCACCUCCCCGCAAGCUACCAAAAGAGAAGCGCUUCAAGAAGAAGAAGAAAAAGAAGAAGGUGAAGGUAAAAAUUAUUAGACACCUCAAUGUAGAAGAGGUUGUCGAGGAAGAUGAUGAUGAUGAUGAUGACAGCUCACCCCCACCACCUCCGCCAGGUUCACCUCCGCCACCUCCUGCAUAUCCAUAUCCUGCAUACCUGGCUGCCGGAUAUGCAUAUCCUUAUGCUGUAGUCCCAGGUGUAGAAGCUCCGAGUGCAGCGUCAGUUAUUGGCAGUGCAGAUCGAACAAUAGCAGGUGGAGCAUCGGCUGCUGUGGCACCCAGAACUCCAAGCCCAACCACCGUCUACAGCUCGGCAGCAGUGGCAGUAGCAGCUUCCACGGCCUACCGACCCGCACCCGUGCCGCCUGCCACCCCGUGAGCCCCCACCGUUGUGGACUCCACAGUGUCAAAUUCAGCUCGAGCACCUCGGGUGAAGUCAACCUCUCUCUGUGUUGAACAUGAGUGUAUCAUUUAAAUAUAUUGUAGUGUCUCAGGUUGACAGUAAAUAUGUUCCAGUGGAAAGCAGUUGUGCUGUGUGCAGACUGGAAAUGUGUACAGUACCAAAUGUGAAAUAUAUAAAUUUUGCCAGAACAAAUGUAUCACAUUACCAUUUAGAUUCUUUAUUUUGUGGUUCAGUUGCAGUGCUGAUAACAACAGUUCUCAGAAAACAGAUUAAUAACUGUGGCAGCUGCUUGAAUGUACAAUUGUGUCAUACUUCUGUAAUUAAUGUGGUAAGUAAUUUACUGGACUGCUGUCAGAACCUGUCAGAUUUGAAAAUAAUGUAAGUGUUAGACAUUGGUGAACAUUCUCGAUGAUUGUUUGCCAACUGUGUAUGAGUAUUUCACUGAAUGGGGGGAGAUUAUUCUGUCAUGUACUUGCACAAUUCUGCUGCAAUGUGUAGUGUGAGACAAUGAUAUAGCUGUGCCUGUAGUAGUAGGAGACUACCACAGCUUUUGUUGACAAUUUCUCCUUGUGAAAAGAUGUGGGGUGAAAGACGACAUUCCCCUAUGUGAUAAGGGUUUGAGGUUUGCUGGUCUCCACUGUUCUUCAAUCAGUUUAUACAUGUUUUCAUUUUUGUUAACUUGAAGUUGAUGCUGUUGUCUUAUCCACAACAAAUUGAUGUUGAUUAUGUAAGUGAAUAUUGAUGCUGUUGCCUCACUCACAACAAACUGAUGCUGAUUAUGUUAGUAAGUGAAUACUCUAUUUCUUGUUCCUUUGAUAUGCAUUGUUAUAAUUUGGUGUGUACCACUGCUGAUAUUUCCCUUAUUUGUAUGCCCAAAGCAAGCCGUGUACUUUUCCUUCUAACAUUACACAUUCCAUAUUAAAUGGAUACUUUUACGUGUGGAAUCCAUAAAAUAUUUUGUAUGAAAAUAUUUUGAUUCACUUACUUUAUAUGAACUACUUUAACUGUUGUGAUAGUUCCAAAAUUGUGGACUUCUUUUCCUGACUGUUUCUGAUAGAUCAGUGGACUGUAGUUAUACAUGUGGCACACAACACUUCAUUGGACGUAAUAUUCUUUCACAUUGUUUAAUUUUCUUAGUAUCAGAGAAAACAAACUAUCGUUAUUUUUGCAAGUACUGUGUGUGUCACAGUAGAUCGCGUAUGAUGUAAGUGGUUCAAUUGGUUUUUGUUGUAAUGUAAUAGCUCCCUGUGCCUCCCCAAAGUUUAUUUGCUACCUCGUAACUUGUAUAAAAAAUUCUUUUGGGUUUGAUGAUGCCUAAGUUCUUUCUGUUAAGUGUUAAUAUGAAAAUUUAAUCAUGUUCACAGCAAUAUUUGUAAUGUAAUGCUGAUGACAGGUUUGUCAGUGUGUGUGUGUGUGUGUGUGUGUGUGUGAGAGAGAGAGAGAGAGAGAGAGAGAGAGAGAGAGAGAGAGAGAAUAAACAUAUGCUAACUUUGAUAGACCAGUUAUAAAAAUUUUAUGAAUGUAAAAUUUUGAGUGCUUCAGCUACAUACAGUUAAGAAAUUCCUGCUAUUACAUUUCUGUGUGUAGAAAGAAUAAUUUACCAAGGAAUCCUUAUCUGAAUAUGUGAAACUUCUGCCCAACAACUGCUAAAUGUUAUUGUAGGCUGAGAGAUACCUUAUGUUAUUAAGCAUAUCUUUUUUCACCGAAUGUUCAAAGUUAACAAUUAAAUUUAACCAUUGUUCCUGCUGUAAUGUGCAAAUGCUGUUAUUUGUAUGGUUUCUAAAGUGUUCAUAACUUACAGGUUCCAUAAUCAGUUGUUAUCUCUGUGAUGACAGUCUGUCCAGUUCAAAGACAAUUUAGGAAAAGAAUCACAUAAUUUAAAUUGAUGUUUAGUGGAAUGUGAGCAUGUGUAUCUAAUUUAGUCGUGUUCUCUCUCUCUCUCUCCUCCUCCUCCUCCUCCUUCUCUCUCUCUCUCUCUCUCUCUCUCUCUCUCUCUCUGUGUGUGUGUGUGUGUGUGUGUGUGUGUGUGUGUGUGUGUGUGUGCAGACGUGCGCACACAUGCCAGUUUCCUUCUUUUGUGUAUGUGUGUGUGUGUGUGUGUGUGUGUGUGUGUGUGCAGGCAUGCACACGUGCGCGCACAUGCCAGUUUCCUUCUUUUUAACAUUAGCUCAUUGUAUUUGCUAUUUUUUGAUGAAUUUUUGAUUUUAAUACACAUUACUUUGUGUAAAUCAACAUAUCUCCUAGGUUGCUGUUCAUGGUUUAGCAUCCUGAAUUUGCUGCUGUUUAGUAGUUAUUUUCACUGGUAGGUGGAAAAGAAUGGCAUCGCAAUUGAGAUGUGUGCCCAUAUUUAAAAGAUAUAUAUUUUAAACAUAUUUUGUUUCAGAAUUCAGUGGGCAAAAUACAGUGAGACUGAUUGUAUAUGUGAGUUUGCUUACUCCAGUAUAUUAAAAUUACUGACAUUUGUGCUACCUUUUAUUGACACAAUGGAAAGAAUUAGAUGAUGUCAUUAUCAUGAAUGAUACAGUAUAUUGUGGGUGUGUUGUAAUUGAAAAACUUUGUGCCAGUCACUAUAUACAGACAAUGUCUGGUGAAAAUUGUAUUCCAACAUAUUAAUAUUUUUCAGCAGAUGUUUCGCGCAGCAUAUUUCUGAACCUGUAACAGACUGCAUAGCUGCAAUUAUCCAGUGAGGCAUGUUUGUUGGUUCCCAAUUGACAAAUAUAUACAACGUUCCGUGUAAGCAUCUAGCCGGUCUCCUUGUGUGCCCUUCAGUUUGGAAUGUGUUGUACUGUUACUGAAAAGGAAAGUCAAAAAAGUGCAAAGAAAAUAUUAUAAUGUUUGUUUUAUAUACUAUCAAACUGUCCAUAAUAAUAAGAACUUUGGUUGUAAUGUAAUAAAUGUAGUAUAAAUGUCUAUGUGUAUGUGUAUAUAAAGAUAGAUAUGCAAUUAAUGAAUUUUAUUGACAACUUGUUGUAGUUGUAGGCAGUUCCUAAUCAUGAUGAAUUGUUUGUAACUCAGAGCUGAAUGCAUUUUGUUGUAUCUAAAACUUAUUGUGAAAUUUUCCACAUUUUGUGAGAAAAGAGACUAGAUCAAGGGAAAAAAAUGAAUUUUAUCAGUGUUUAGCAUUGCAGAAAGUAUGAUCACAGUUCUGAUUCAGAAAUACAUUUAUUAAUCUAUGUGAUGUCAUUCUUAUUGAGAUGAGCCCCAGCCUGUGAAGGAGCACAACUGUUUUGUAACCAUGAUCAUUAUGGGUGGAAACUUUAGUCAUUUUAACACUUGUGGACCUUUUUGGGCUCUACACUUGUGUAACGGAUUCCCUUCUGAACAACAGAUCCGAUGGACAAAGACUUCUUAAACCUGUUUUUUUUUGGCUGCUGCUCUCUUAACACUGACUUUCAUGUAUGUAAGUGCUUAUGCAGUUAUAAUUCAUAUACAGAGUGUAACAAAAGUGUUGAAUUAUACAUAACAGUUGUCAUCAUCGUACUCAUAAUUGUAAUCAUAGUGGACAAUGCAGACCAUGCCACUCGUAUAAGAACUCAAGGGUAUUUUUCUGUCUCUUCCAUGGGCAUUCAACAUUUUUGUAGAACAAAGCCUUUUUGACACCAUUUUGUUAUAAUUCAUAAUCUGUGCUCAUACCAGUUGCAUUUUUGUUCCCUUGUUCAUUUAUUCUUCUCUUCUCUCUUCAUAGCCCAGUUUCACUACCAUAUAACAGCAUAGGCACUGCCAUCACUUUAUAAAAUUUUGUUUAUGUGACCGUACUUGUUUUGUGGAUAAUAAAAGUUUAUAUAAACAUGA